AUGAUUAUAAUACCGACCAUCGAGCUUCACGGACAAGGAUCAGAGUCGCGAGACUGGAUAUUACUUGAAGUACAAGGAAGUCUUGAAAUUGAUGAUGAUACUUUACAGAAUGCAGUCUUGGGAAGCAUGCAACUCAACAAGGACUGUCCAGUCUUGACUAUCGGCCACCACAGACUAGAAGGCAAACGCAUAACACUCUCCAAACCACUCGCACUCAUCCGCAGGAAGGAAAUCAAAUCUAUAUGGUCGUCCAAAAACUCGGCUGCUGCUUCGAGAUCGGCUUCUAGACCAACGUCAAGAGUCAAUUCUAGAGCUUCGUCGCCUGUUAGAACGCAUAACAUUAGUAAUGAUGUUGAUGGUGAUGCAAUGGACGUGGAUCAAGGAGGAGGAGCCCAAACAAUGAAUAGUAGUCAGACAACAGUGUAUGGUGGGAUGGCUGGUAGUGCUGAAGAAGUGGAUCCAUUUGCUGUUACGCCUGAAUGGGAAACGGUGUGCGUGAUACGAUACAAGUAUAUAUUCUCGCAGAGGCCUGAGACUACGGUGCGUCAAGAGCAUCGUGGCGCUGUAACUUUUAGGAAAUUGGGCUAG